AUGGGUAAAAUCAUAAACCAUGCCAAUACACCCACUCAGCCGCGUACCGGCUCAGUGUCCAGUAUUGGUGGCGACUCCGAGGCAAUCGGGAAAUUGACUGCAAAGAUGGAGAAGAUGGAGAAGAAAAUGCGGAAGCUAGAGGAGCGUUUGGAAAAGCUUGAAAAGCUGGCGGAAGAAGAAUCCAAUGAGGAACUAAUUUAA